AUGUCGCAAGAUAAUAAUCUUUGGAGUGUCCGAAGACCACGGGAGACCCUCGGAGGACUCAACUUCAAUUCGGGCAUCCCACAACCCCCGUCCGCAAUGAAACGAACAAGCACCAUCGGCAGCGCCAGCCAUGGCCGCUCCAUGUCCGGAUCGCGCCACUCACUCGCCGCGCGCCCGAACCAGCCCAUGUUCCAACGCUCCUCUACGGGACCAGGCCUCGCUGACAUCGGACUGUCAUCCGUCAAGCGCGCCUCCGUCGCGGGGUACAACCCCGGCAGCACAGCGACGCUCAAACCGUACCACACCCCCGGCCCGUCCGCCGAUAACGACCGCCGUAGUAGCGUUUACCGAGCCCGCCCAUCGACAACCGCCGGCCCCAUGAGUGGGCACCAGAGCUUCUUCCAGCAAGCGCCGCAGGCCGCCGGCGUACCACGAGACCCCCGCCCGCUCAAGGAUAGGUCGUACCAGAAUCGGCUUGGACAGGAGCUGUUAGAGUACCUCGCCCAACACAACUUCGAGAUGGAAAUGAGUCAUAAACUGUCCGACAACUUCAUCAAGUCGCCGACACAAAAGGACUUCAACUACAUGUUCCAAUGGCUCUACCACCGCAUCGACCCGAGUUACCGCUUUCAGAAAAACAUCGACCAGGAGGCCAGAUUGCUGCGGUGGGGGGGUCAAAACUGGAGCACAUUCCUGGGCUUGCUGCACUGGAUGAUGCAGCUGGCCCAGAUGCUGGACCGGUAUUCGGUUCACCAAUACGAUGAAGCCUGCAUUGAGGCGGGGGUCGAUGUUGCGGGUGAUAACAUCAUCUUUGACUUCUUGACGAGCGCGUACCAGGAUUGGCUCAAUAUGGACGACGAGGCUGGUGACGAGGAUGUCGAGAAGGCCCUGGUUCCGCACGUACAAGGGAUGGCGAGGGCGUUUGAGCGGUCCAACGCAAAGUACAUCCAGGAGAUGGAGAUGCUCGAAGGUGAGCACGCGCGGCUGCUCAAGGAGAUUGAGGACCUUGAGAAAUCCACACCCGACCCGGCCGUGCUCGACAACCAUUUUAAGAUCAUGGAAGAGGACAAGGCCAAGUUCGAGGAGUACAACACCCUGGCUAUGCAGAGGUCAGAAAAGUACGAAAGUCGCAUCCAGGUCCUGCAGGAAGAACUCGACAAGUUGCAGGGCGAGCUGAAAGAGGCCGAUGACGAACGACGACGGCUGAAGGACGCCGUAGACGACCAAGGAAUCAGCAUGCAGGAUAUCGACCGCAUGACUGCCGAACGGGAGCGUCUGCAAAAGAGCAUCGAGUCGGCGGGGCAGCGGUUAGAGGACGUCAAGCGGAAGGUGGCAGAGCGGGAGAUGGAGGCCAGCCAAAGGUUGGACGAGCUGGAGCGCAUGGUGGACCGCUACAACACGGUCGCGUAUCAGAUCGGUCUGAUGCCCUCCACGGCCGUCAACGCCAAGGGCAAAGACUACGAGCUGCAAGUCACGGUCAACGACAGCCCCAAUUUCUCCUCAUCCCAGCUGCAGGGCUCGUACGGGCCCGGCGACAGCGACCGGCUCCUCGCGGACCCGGUCACGGGCUACCAGCCAGCGCACGUGCUCAACCUGGACCUCCGGGGGCAGGUUAAGAACAGCUUCCUGGGGCUCCGUAAGGAGGUGUCGGAGCGGCGCAAGGCGGCGCUGGACGCCAUGAUGGAGGACCACGACCUGCUGGACCGGGCCAAGGAGGCCAUCGAGGACAAGCGCAACGAGGUCGAGGCGCUCGAGCACCGCGUGCGCGCCGCCGAGGAGGAGUACGAGAAGACCAAGGAGGUCACCACCGCCCAGAAGCUCGCGUCCGACGCCCAGAUCGAGAAGAUGGAGAAGGAGCUCGCCAAGAUGCGCGCCCAGCUGUCCGAAUCCGUCCAGCUCAUGGAGCAGCGCGAGAUGAAUACCAAUAUUGAGUACGAGCAACUGACCCUCCGGGCGAAUGCGCUGCGCGAGGAGCUGCACACCGAGACGAUGCGCAUGCUCAACGACGUCAUCAAGUUCAAGAUGCACGUCCAGAAGGGCCUGGAGGAGUACGAGACGUUUGUGGCCGACGAGCUGGAGAAGGAGCUCGGCAGCGACGAGAUGAGAGAUGAUACCCAGGGCAUUGAUAUGUAA